CUCGUACCCAGAAAUCCAACUCGACCACACAUAAGCUGCAAACCACCACAUUUGAUCUGGUCGAAGCUGGUGGCCUUCCACCAAUUGCAAUGGCCUACACCAUAGCGUACAAAAAGUACUUCUGGUUAUGACAAAAAGGUCUCAUCAAAGACUUUCAAGCACGCACAGAGACCGGCGUCAUGGCCACCUACCACGAACAGUUCUCGGUUUCCGUGCUAGGCAUGGGGUCCAUGGGAUCAGCAAUUGCCCGAGUUUUCCUCAAGCAUGGCUGGCGGACUACAAUUUGGAACCGAACCACCUCCAAAACUGUACCCCUCGUCGAGCUUGGUGCGAGCGCCGCAUCGUCCGCGGCAGAAUGCAUAGCAGCGAGCAAGUUGAUCAUUUUGCUCCUAACCGACACCGAGGCCUUCCAGCAUGUCGCCAAAGGCCUAGAGCCCAGUUCGUGCAGGGGUCGGGUUCUACUCGACUACAUGACAGCGACGGCAUCGCAGGUCUCAGAGACUCAGCGUACAGCCAGGGAAAUCCUUGGCUUCGACGCCUACGUGCACGGCGCCAUCAUGACCAUGCCCCCUUUUGUGGAGGAUCCCACGGCCAUGAUCUUUUACAGUGGCGACAACAAGGCCUAUACCGAGGAGGAUCAGACGGAUGGCGCAGCAGGAAUGGCGUCCGCGGUGAAGUUGAUAGGAAAGGCUAUCUGGAUAGACGAUGACCCGGCGUCUUCGGCUUUGCAGGACGUGAUGGUCUUGACGCAUUGGUACACGUUUGCGUCAGGCUUUCUCCAGACUGCUGCGCUGCUCAAAAAGACCAAGCAGUUCAAGCCCCAUUCGAAGUCGAUGCAAAGAUUUUGGGCCGAUUUUGUGAGACCUUUUUACGAUGCACUUUUCAUGCAAUUUGAGGAUGUUGCGAGGCAAAUUGAUGAGGAAGAUUAUGUUUCACGAGGCGAUGGAGCCUUGAUCAAUCUGCACCUGCAUGCUAUCGAAAGCCUCAUCAAGGCAUAUGAGGAUAAGAACAUAUCAGUGGCUCUGCUUACACCAAUGAGGGAUCUCUUUGCAAAAGCAGUCACUAAUGGCCACGGUGACGAAGAAAUUGGUGGGAUCCUCCCCCUGUUGUAGACGAUACACACGUCACAAUGGAAAUUGAGAGACAAGAAACCAUUUACUGGCCCAUUGAUUCGGGCAUCACUUGCUGAACGUGAAUUUUCGGCGAGAUGUAAGCACGCGUUGGUCAUCGCAUGGAAAGCUUCGAACUGUCGAACGGGAUGGGAUUGGUUGUGGACAUGCACACUAUCAAAUUGCCAGAAAGUCUUACCAGUGUGCGAACUUGUUCACAUGUUGUCUACCACUCACUUAAAUUGCGUGACAGACUACCACUGACUUUUAUGCACGGCGCCCCCGUCUAUCAGGACAUCCACGCCGUUGA